CGGCGCCGUGGGGAUCCCGGGGCGGUCGAGGGCCCCAGACUCCGCUCCGCGAGGCAACAUGGACCGGAUGGCCAGCUCCAUGAAGCAGGUGCCCAACCCCCUGCCCAAAGUGCUGGGCCGGCGCGGGGUCGGAGCGGGGAUGGAGGCGGCGGAACGGGAGAGUUUCGAGCGGACUCAGACUGUCAGCAUCAAUAAGGCCAUUAAUACGCAGGAAGUGGCUGUAAAGGAAAAACACGCCAGAACGUGCAUCCUGGGUACCCACCAUGAGAAAGGGGCACAGACCUUUUGGUCUGUCGUCAACCGGCUGCCCCUCUCCAGCAACGCUGUGCUCUGCUGGAAGUUCUGCCACGUGUUCCACAAACUCCUCCGAGAUGGACACCCAAACGUCCUGAAGGACUCUCUGAGAUACAAAAACGAACUGAGUGACAUGAGCAGGAUGUGGGGCCACCUGAGUGAGGGGUAUGGACAGCUUUGCAGCAUCUACCUCAAACUGCUCAGAACGAAGAUGGAAUACCACACCAAAAAUCCCAGGUUCCCAGGCAACCUUCAGAUGAGCGACCGGCAGCUGGACGAGGCUGGAGAGAGUGAUGUUAACAACUUUUUUCAGCUAACAGUGGAGAUGUUCGACUACCUGGAGUGUGAACUCAACCUGUUUGAGCAGAUGUUCAACUCCCUGGACAUGUCCCGCUCUGUAUCCGUGACGACAGCUGGGCAGUGCCGCCUCGCCCCGCUGAUCCAGGUCAUAUUGGACUGCAGUCACCUCUAUGAUUACACUGUCAAGCUUCUCUUCAAACUCCACUCCUGUCUCCCGGCUGACACCCUGCAAGGCCACCGGGACCGUUUCAUGGAGCAGUUCACAAAAUUGUACCAAGAGAUCAGUGUGCUGAAGGCACGGCUGGAAAACAUGAAGACUGAGAGCCAGCGUGCUGUCCUGCAGCUGAAGGGCCGCAUCAGCGAGCUGGAGGCCGAGCUGGCGGAGCAGAAGCACCUGCGGCAGCAGGCGGCCGAUGAUAGCGAGUUCCUGCGGGCGGAGCUGGAUGAACUCAAGAAGAAGCGAGAAGACACAGAGAAGGCGCAGCGGAGCCUGACGGAGAUAGAAAGGAAAGCCCAGGCCAAUGAGCAGCGGUACAGCAAGCUGAAGGAGAAGUACAGUGAGCUGGUGCAGAACCACGCUGACCUGCUGCGGAAGAAUGCAGAGGUGACCAAACAGGUGUCUGUGGCCAGACAAGCCCAGGUGGAUUUGGAACGAGAGAAAAAAGAGAUAGAGGAUUCCUUCCAGCGCGUGAGCGAGCAGGCCCAGCGAAAAACUCAAGAACAGACAGAAGUACUAGAGAACUUGAAGCAGGAACUUGCCACCAGCAAACAAGAACUCCAGGUUGUCCAAGGCAGCCUGGAAAUGGCUGCCCAGUCAGAAGGAAAAUGGGUGACCCAGAUUGCUGAACUGGAGAAGGACCGGGGCCGUUUGGUGAAUGCCAUGGCUCGUCGAGAAGAGGAAUUCUCUGCUCUUCAGGAACAGCUGGAAAACACCCAGCUCAAACUGUCCAGCACACAGGAAUCUAUGUGCCAGCUCGCAAAGGGCCAACGAAAAAUGCUUCUGGCAGAAUCAAGGAAGGCGGCAGAGCAGGUGAUACAAGAGGCCCUGAGGCAGCUUGAGGAGCCCACUCUCAUCAGCUGUGCCGGAUCUGCAGAUCACCUUCUCUCCACGGUCAAGUCCGUUUCCAGCUGUAUUGAACAACUGGAAAAAUGCUGGAGCCGGUAUAUUGCCUGCCCAGAAGAUAUCAGUGGGCUUCUGCACUCAGUAACCCUCCUUGCCCACUUGACCAGCGACACCAUUGUUCACGGCGGCACCACCUGCCUUAGAGCCCUGCCAGAGCCUGCUGAUGCACUGACCGAGGCCUGUAAGCAGUAUGGCAAGGAAACCCUCCUCUAUCUGGCUUUCCUGGAGGAAGAAAGAACCCCUGAGAAUGUCGACAGCACAGCCCUGAGGAGCUUCCUCAGCAAGAUCGCGGCCAUCGGCGAGGAGCUCCUGCCCAGAGGCCUGGACAUCAAACAGGAGGAGCUAGGAGACCUGGUGGACAAGGAGAUGGCUGCUACUUCAGCUGCCAUUGAAACUGCUACAGCCAGAAUAGAGGAGAUGCUCAGCAAAUCCCGAGAAGGAGACACAGGAGUCAAAUUAGAGGUGAACGAAAGGAUUCUUGGUUCAUGUACCAACCUAAUGCAAGCUAUUCAGGUCCUGAUUGUGGCCUCGAAGGACCUCCAGAGAGAGAUAGUGGAAAGUGGCCGGGGCACAGCAUCUCCUAAAGAGUUUUAUGCCAAGAAUUCUCGAUGGACAGAAGGACUCAUUUCAGCCUCCAAAGCUGUGGGCUGGGGAGCCACUGUCAUGGUUGAUGCAGCCGAUCUGGUGGUACAAGGCAAAGGGAAGUGAGAGCUAAUGGUGUGCUCCCAUGAAAUUGCUGCUAGCACAGCCCAGCUUGUGGCUGCAUCCAAGGUGAAAGCUGGUAAGGACAGCCCAAACCUGGCCCAGCUGCAGCAAGCCUCUCGCGGGGUGAACCAGGCCACCGCCGCGGUCGUGGCCUCAACCAUUUCUGGCAAAUCGCAGAUUGAGGAAACAGACAACAUGGACUUCUCAGGCAUGACGCUGACCCAGAUCAAACGCCAGGAGAUGGAUUCCCAGGUUAGGGUGCUAGAGCUAGAAAAUGAACUGCAGAAGGAGCGUCAAAAACUGGGGGAGCUUCGAAAAAAGCACUACGAGCUUGCUGGUGUUGCUGAGGGCUGGGAAGAAGAAACAGAAGCAUCUCCACCUGCACUGCAAGAAGUGGUAACCGAGAAGGAAUAGAGCCGCACUGAUGCCCCACACGUCACAGUGUAAAUCUUUGUUGCCUGUU